AGAACGACAUAAAAAAAUAACGUUUAAAAACGACGAGUGUGAAAAGCCGAAAAGGGUUUCGGGGUGCAUCGUUUAGGUCCUCCGACUAGCUAUAGGAAAGACGGCGUCGUUUUCACAUACUCUCCACAGGAAAGGAAAUCUCAAUUUAUCGUCUUCUACAAUCCCAUAAACUCGGUGCUUCCUCCGGCAAAAACCCUAAAUUCUAUCUCUCCCCGCCGCUCUAGUUGGCUCCUCCGGCCAGCCCACUUCGCCGGUUCUCUAAUCUUAAUCACUAUUAGUUUCAGGGUUGAUUCAAUGGAAGAUACUCAAGAACUGGAUAACAAAUCCUCUGAAGAAAUUACUGAGAAAGCAAAUGUAAACAAGGGGGAAACUCGAGAUGAAAUGCUUUCUAGGCAUAGGAAAGAAAUAUCAGCACUACAAAAUAAGGAAAUUGAGUUGAAAAAGGCAGCUGCUAAGGGCAGCAAAGCAGAGCAGAAAGCUAAGAAAAAACAUGUCGAGCAAGAGAUUACUAAACGUUCUGCUGAACUUAAAGAAAAACAUGCUGAAGAACUUGCUUCCUUGGGGUACGACACUAAAAAUGGAAAUGAGAAAAGUAAACUUGACAAUUUAGUGAAGGCGAUAGCAGGAGUUUCUGUCAGCAACCAACCUGACCUGGCAAAGUCUAGCAAGAGUUCAAGGAGGCGAGGAAAAAGGGCUCAGGAAGAAGCGGCAAGAGAACAGAGAAUACAGGAAGAACAAAGCAACAUUGUAAGCGACCGUGCAAUUGAAGAUGCGAAACUAGAGAAAAAGCUUGAACCUCUUGGUUUGACUGUAGCCGAAAUAAAGCCAGAUGGGCACUGUCUCUAUCGAGCUGUUGAAGAUCAACUAGCUGUCCUUUCUGGAGGUCGAUCGCCUCACAACUUUCAAGAACUUCGAGAACUGGUGGCUUCUUAUAUGAGAAAAAAUGCAUCUGAUUUUCUCCCAUUUUUCCUCUCAGAAAAUGCAGUAGAAGAUGGUGGAUCUGAUGAUUCUCUAGCAGAUAAGUUUGAGAAUUACUGUAAUGAAGUGGAGACGACAGCCGCCUGGGGAGGACAGCUAGAGCUAGAGGCUUUAACUCACUGCCUUAGGAAACAUAUCAUGGUAUAUUCUGGGUCGUUUCCUGAUGUGGAGAUGGGGAAGGAGUACAAAUCCAAUGCUGAGACUGCUACUUCUAGUUCAAGUAUUAGGCUUUCAUACCAUAAGCAUGCAUUUGGGCUUGGUGAGCACUAUAAUUCUGUGGUGCCCAUUGUGACCAAAUAGGUUAUAUUACUUCAUUUAUGGACUUAGCAUGGGCAAUCAUUAUUUUUUGAUAAUGAACACGAUCUGAGCUGUGCUCGAAAACUAAUUAUUAAGUCACCCGACAGUGCUCCGCAUCUUUUGUUUUAGCAAUAUAUUUGUUCUGUUCUUUGGA